UUUUAAUUCUCUGUUUGGUCAAUUCAAUUCAUUUAAUUUUCUAUUCUUAGUGUAUGCUCUGCCUAUCAGCAAAAAAACUAUAUAUAUUUAGAGCUACCAUCAUCGUCUUCUCAUCAAACAGAGUUACAAAACACAAUUAGAAAAGGUCAAGAAACAAACGAAUCAAGAACCGGUUUUAGUUCUUGUAUACACACACCAAUGGCUUCAUUGCACGUUUCAAGAUUAGUUCUUUCGUCUUCUUCCUCUUCAUGCAUGAGACCUAAAGCUGCCGUCUCCAUCCCGAAACUGCCGAAAUUUAACGUCUCUGUUCCGAAAAUACCGAUAAAGAAUCCGACUUUGUCGGUUAAAGAACCAGUUGGGUUCAUGGAAACCCUUCCUCUUCCGUUGAAACAGAGGAGAGACUCUGAUUCUAUCCAAAGGGCACGCCUCAAUGCGGUUCUUGAAGCAGUUAUGGAUAGGAUCGAGAUGCACAAGAACCUCGGAGAUCAGCGGAACAAUUGGAACUCUUUGUUGCUCAAUUCCGUCAACAUGAUCACUCUCACAGCCGCUUUGAUGGCUGGAAUAGCCUCUGUUAAUGUUCACGGAGGAGACUCUGUAACGGCCGUGAAGAUAGCUUCGACGGUUUUGUUAGCUUCUGCCACAAGUAUCAGUGCCUUGAUGAGCAAGAUUCAACCGUCGCAGCUCGCUGAAGAACAGAGAAACGCCACGAGGCUGUUCAAGAAGCUGAGAACAGAGCUCGAAAUGAUUCUGAGAGAAAACGAGGCAAUCUACGAGGAAGAUGUGAAGGAAGCGAUACAGAGAGUGUUGGCUCUAGACAAAGCUUACCCUCUUCCUCUAAUCGGAGCAAUGCUCGAGAAGUUUCCAGAAGAGUUUAAACCGGCGACUUGGUGGCCUGAAAAGAAACAGAGAAACCCUAACACCGGUCUUGCGAACGGGUGGAGUCAAGAGCUGGAGACGGAGAUGAGAGAAGUAGCUCACGUGGUUAAGACUAGAGACGCAGAAGAGUAUGAGAAAUUAGGUAACGUGGCCUUGAAGCUAAACCGGUUCUUGGCUAUCUCUGGACCGGUUUUAACCGGAGUUUCUGCAGUGAGCUCUGUUUUUAUCGGUCAAGAUUCUGGUUUAGCUGGAGUUGUGGCGAUGACUUGUGCUUCUUUGGCUGCGAUUGUCAACACUUUGGAGCAUGGUGGUCAAGUGGGAAUGGUGUUUGAGAUGUAUAGAAACUCAGCGGGAUUCUUCUCUCUGUUAGAAGAGACGUUGAACUCGACAGAGAAGAGAGAGCACGGACAAGUGUUUGAGACAAAAGUUGCGUUGAAGUUAGGGAGAAGCUUGUCUGAGCUGAGAGAUCUCGCAAAGAAAUCUAAAAUCUCUCAGGUUAAGGCUAAUGAAUUUGCAAGCAAGCUUUUCUAGGUUUUUGUAGAGAUCACUUCCAUUGAUUUGUAUAGAUGAAUUCAUUCAUUCUUUGAUUUAUUUCUAUCGACAAAAUUAUUUUACUUUUACAAAAGACAAUAUAAACCGAUUGGUAUGAAAUUUUCACACCAAAAAAAUAACCAGAUCAUAGAACUUGUUUCAAAAAAAAAUUAAAAUUUAGAGACCAAUACUAGAUUUAGAUCCGUGUACCCCGGGUUGGAAAGCUGAAGUAAUAUGUAACAUACCACUAGGCUGCUUCAAUAUUGUAAUUACCUGCAUAUUAUUAAUAUAUAUAUAUAUAUAUGAUUUUAAUUGAUUUUUCUUUUUACAAAAUAAAAAAUAGAUAAAAACAUUAUAUUUUUGGGUUUGAAAUUAUAUACUCGAAUUAACCGACCCAAAUCCAAACCAAAAUUCUACCAAAUACUAUUUGGAUAUAAUUUCUCUAUAACCGAUAUUCCCAAAACCGAAAAGGUCUUACCCGAAACCAACCUGAAUACCUGAAGUCGCAGUCCUACGUCAUAUCAUUAAAUAUUAUUAGUAGCUAACUAUUAAUAUUUAUUUUAUCAAAUAUAUGUAUAUAUAUAUAUAU